AUGGGAAAUAUUUUCAAACGUAAUUUGGGAAUUAACCCAAUUCCAGUAGCUGCAGAAGAUGCCUAUCAAUUGAUCAAAUCAGAAUCAGAACCUGCAGUGUUUUGGAUUACUAAUCCCAAUAAUACUUGGAUUCAAAAUGCAGCUGUUGGAGGUAAAUGGAGUUAUUGUGGUCUCUCUGCUGCCAAAUAUGGUAAAGACAAUUAUUACGUUCGUCCAAGAAGUCAACCCUUAGGUCAAUUCUCAGACAAUGUUGGUCAAAAUUGUGGUCGAAACAGUCUUCACAUCGAUGACAUGGUCAAACCAGACACAACCACUGAAAUGGCUUCCAAUGUUCCCAUUCAAGGACCUUACACACAUCCUGCUGGAGAGUGGUAUCCAGCAGUAUUUGUCAAUGCACUCUUCACAAACUAUGUGGCUUACAAAAAUAGAGGUUAUGGAGUUUGGAGUCGUUCAUGUCAUCUCAAGUUUAGUAAUUUACGUUUAUAUGAUAACAUGAAUGGAAUGAAUGCACCUCCACAAAUUUUGUCCAAUGUCACUUUUAGAAAUUUCCAAACUAACAGUUAUAGACCUGCAGGUGCUUUAUCUGGCUUAACCUAUGGACCAUUCAAACAUCAAACAAGAAAUCGAUUACUCGAUCUCAAAUUUGAAAAUGCCAAUGUCUAUUAUCAACUUUCAUCAUUUUAUGACAAUCACAAAGGUUCAGCCAUUGCAGACAUUGACGGAUCAGCAACAGGUAACAGACCAGGUGGUUGGAUUGUUUCCAAUGAUUCUCUUGUUUCAUUUAGUGCAUGUGAAGGUCAAACUUACAAAUGUCCUGUAUUCCCUGAAAGUUAUGGACAAUUAAUUAUUAACAAUAAUGUUUUUUCAUCAAGUUCAAAUAAGGGAGCAAAUGGUGCCACUUAUCCUGAUUUAUCAGAUCCUUCCAAACGUGUUCCAAGAAUGAAACUAUUUGAUUUGACAAGAAAUAAGGAAAGGGAAGUGAUUGGAGCCACUUUGAGUGGAUCUUCAAGUUUGUCUCUUAAGAGUAAUCUCAUUAUGAAAAAUUUCUAUGCGGUGCGUUGGUCAUUUAACGUCCCAACUCCAAGUGAUUUGAGUGUGGAAUUGAGCUCCAAUGCUCAUAGUGAUUGGGUGGUUUUGGCUAUUCAAUAUCCAACGAGUGACACUUUUCAAGUGAAUUUACUCACUUGGGGAACCAAUCCUAAAUCUUUGACAGCUGGCAGUUCUAUUCAAGAAGUUAUGGAUUCCUAUGAUGGAAAGGAAAGAUAUGCUGGAGUGUUGCAAACUUGUCAACAAAAUCCAUCUGUGAAUUCUCCUGGAAAUGGAAAUGUCUUUGCCAUGGUGAAUACAUUGACAAGAACCAUUGAUUUUAGUGUACAUCAUGAUUUGACUAAGAUUGCUACAAAGAUUGAAGUGGGUAUUGGUCAACCAGGUAGUGAACAACGAAUCUUGCAACGAGAUUUCAAGAUUAGUCCAUAUUCCAUUUCACGUUUCACUUAUUCUUAUUCCUAUGACGAACAUGGUUCAUUAGUGAAAGCAUCUCCAAUUUGUGGAACAACUUCAAUUUUAUUUGGAUCACAACGAGGUGGAUUACAAAUUUACAAAUAUUCUGCCACUCAAAGUCCUUUCCCUGCCAUUGACACAAAUGUUUACAAAUACUUUGAAUUCUAUGCACGAGCUUUAAAUGGAGGACCAUUGAACUUGGCGGUGACAUUUUCAGAAAAUAAGAAUUCUCAAACUACUCAAAUUGGAAAAACUUCAACCUCUACCACACAACAAAAUCAACGUUUUAUUAUUGAUGAAACUCGUGCCACACGUGUUAGAAUUCCAUUGGCAUCGAUGGGUAUUCAAGGAACAUUCAACCUUCAAGUCAUUACAUUUAGAAUUGAUCAAGAUUGGUCAACUGCAAAAUUCAGAGAAGUCAUCCUUGACAAUUUGAGAUUUGUCAAAGAUUCAACGGAUACAUUGGCAACCAGUGGAUUGACUUCAUCAAAUAUUGCAUAUUUUGGACCUGUUUGUUCUGGCCAAACAUCAUUGGCCAAUCCAGAUGCAGAUCCAAUGUCUUUUACAACAACAGUAAUUCCAGAGGCCCCACCAGGCGCUUCGUCCUCGACCAAGAAUGGACCUCGAACCAGUGUGAAUCAUGCCACAAGCAUGGUGAGAGGAGAUUUCACAAUGACCUUCUUUUUGUUGAUUGUAAUGAUUAUGACUCUCAUGAUUUAA